AUGAACGCGGCCACAGACCGCAUAGCCAGGACAUUCAUUGGCGAGGUCAAGGACGAGUGGCAGUUAUACAGUAACGACUCCGCAGAUUAUACCAUUGGCCCCCCAAUUGGCUUUGGGGCGUCAUCCACCGUCUAUGCUGCCCAGUACCAGCCACAAGAUGCACCCGAUUCCAUUCCCGUCGCCCUCAAGGUCCUCGACCUCGACCGCCUGCCUCCGUCUGCCCUGCGCCUCCUCCAGCGUGAGACACAGCUCAUGUCCCUCUCCAAGCAUCCCAACGUCCUCCGUGUGCGCGGCACCUGGACAAAUGGACACAAGCUCUACAUCGCCAUGCGUCUCAUGAACGCCGGCAGCGUCGUCGAUGUCAUGCACUAUGCAUGGCCUGGCGGCAUGGAAGAGGAUGUCGUCAGGUGCAUACUCAAGCAGGCACUAGAAGGCUUAAACUAUCUUCACACUAACGGGCUUAUGCAUCGCGAUGUAAAGCCCGCGAAUUUGCUCAUUGACGACGACGGCACCGUCCUUCUUGGCGACCUGGGCGUCGCAGCCUUCCUCACAGACGUUGAGGACACUCCCCCGCCGCCGGCGUUCCCGGCUCGCAAGUCCUUUGUCGGCACGCCAUGCUACAUGGCGCCUGAAGUCAUUAACGGCCGCGCGUACGACGCCUCGGCAGACAUUUGGUCGUUCGGCAUCACGGCACUCGCGCUCACCCAGGGUCGCGCACCGCGCUCCCUGGUGUCCCCGCAGACAGCGCUCCUGCAGACCGUGCGCGACGCCGCGCCCACGCUCGAGCGCUCAGGCGGACCCCACUCGUAUUCGCGCGCGCUGCAGGAAGCUGUCGCGGCAUGUCUCGAGAAAGACCCCGCGAAACGGCCGACCGCACAGACACUCCUUGAGAUGCCGCUCUUCCGCGGCGCCAAGAAGAAGAGCUUUCUCGUCGGCGCUGUGUUG